AUGUUGCGAAAAUCGAGAGGAAUUGUGGCUGCCAAACGGAUGGCUAUUAUUUCCGAUACCUCCUGCAAGAGAGAUCCUCUCAUUGUGAAGAAUAAGAAAGAUAACAUUUGCUUUUUUUCGUUCCAUAGAAUAUUGUCAUCCACCCAAUCGACUAGACAAUUCUCUUCAAGUACAAUACAUUUAAAUAAUCGUAAUCAUCAUCGAAUGGGACCAAAUAGUAGAAUUAAAAAGAUUCGGAUUGGCUCUAUUGAAUUAUAUAAUUCAAGCAAGGAAGAAAAUAAUCUCAAUGAUGAUGACACAUUAUUGUCCAUACCCAAUUUUUCAUUGUUCGGAGAAGACAUUUCUGAGCUGGAACACCAGCAAGAAAUUCUCUCUCAUUUAAAAUGGAUGGCCAUGAAGGACAAAUUGGGGCAAGACAUGUUUUUAAUUGGUCAUUAUGGUGAAUUGAAGAGACAUCUGGCAUUUACCUAUUGCCAACUCACAAAACGAAAAGUUGAAUAUGUUUGCAUCACAAAAGACACAAGCGAACACGACUUUAAACAAAGAAGAGAAAUUGAAUCUAAUUCUGCAUACUAUGUUGAUCAAGCUGCUGUCCGUGCUGCUAAGAAUGGUGCGAUCUUAAUUAUGGACGGCUUAGAAAAGGCAGAUAAAAAUAUUUUACCAAUUUUGAACAAUCUAAUGGAAAAUAGAGAAAUGGCUCUUGAAUCAGGAACCAUGUUAAUUUCUCCUCAACGAUACAAACAAUUAAUCGAAGAAGAAGGUAAAACAGAAGAGGAAUUACGAUUAAUGAAAAUUGAACCUACACACGAGGAUUUUCGAAUUAUUGCAAUGGGAUUACCAGUGCCUCCUUAUGAAGGCAACACUUUGGAUCCUCCUCUUCGAUCCAGAUUUAAUUGCAGAAUGAUUGAUCUGCCAAGUAUGGAGACAAUUUUUAACGCGCUUGCGAAUCACCACAAAGGCGACCCUGAAAAGUUCUUCUCGUUUUUAACCUUAGAGCAGAAAACUGAAUUAUUUUCUACAUUGAUAAGAUUUACACAGUCCAUUGUACAAUUGGACAAUAUAUUAAUGAGUAGCAAGACCUCGAUUAAUACGGACAGUAAGACGGGUGCAGUCGAAUUAUUACCACGAUUUCCAAUUGAAAAUCUGAAGAAUUUAUUGGAAAUGAUUCAUGACUAUCGUCAUGACCUUGUGAAAUCCAAAGAUGAAAUUAAGAGGCUGCUAUACCUCCUUUAUCCAGCUACUUUGUUCUUAUCGAGAGGACACAAAGAUGAAAAACAUGAGAAUCAUCACAAAAUGAUUGAGAUUAUUGAGGAACAUUUGGACCAAUGUGCAUCUGCCAUUCAUCACAUUCUUUCGCAAAGCUCCAGUGGCGAUAAUGAUCAUUCUGCAUCUUCUCAUUCCAGUACAUUUGAUGAAUGUCUCAAAGAAACUACUCUUGAGGAAUUCAACACUAUUGGAUUUACGCUCAUUGAAAAACACAAAAAGUUAUUGGAGGACAUGCUGAAGUCUCACAAAUGUCACAGAGAUUUAUGUCUUGUUGGUCCUAAAGGAUCAGGAAAAUCACUCAUAGCUCACGCCUUUGCGUCCAUGUUAGGUUACAAAACAAUUGUGGUGUUUCCAAUGUACAAAGAAAUGACUUCAAAAGACUUAUUGCAAAAAAGAGGAACCACUAUGAGUGGAGAUACCGUGUGGAAAAAUUCUGUGUUGAUUGAUGCCAUGAAGGAUGGGCAGAUUUGUGUCUUGGAUGGAGUUGAUCGACUGGGAACUGACAUUUUACUUUCCAUACAAUCAUUAAUUCAAGAGCGGGUGCUCUAUUUGUAUAAUGGUACUCGAUACAUUUCACACAAUUAUUUUGAUAAGCUCAUGUCAGAGGGUAACUAUUCUGAGAAGGAUUUGAACGACAAAGGAAUAUUCAAAAUACAUCCUUCAUUCAGAAUUAUUGCUAUUGGGUUAAGCGAGCAGCUAGAUUGGCUUUCUUUGGAAUUGUUUAACAUGUUCCAUUUUCAUGUGGUUUCCAAUUUAUCUGUAGAAGAAGAAAUCUCCUUAUUGAGCUCUAGAGUGGAAAAUACCCAAAAAUCUCAUCAUCUUAUUCGUUCUCUUGUUUUGAUUAAGAACGAGUAUAAUUCUCUGGAGCAGAACGAAGAUCAACGAUUAAUUUCAAUGAGAGAUUUAAUUCGAAUUGCUAAACGAGCCAUACGUUUCAAAGAUGAAAAUUUAUUAACCUUGUUAGAACGAACCACCAUGACCUAUCUUCUUCCAAAGCACCAUUCUGAUUUAUUGAAGAAGAUUGUCCAAAAAUAUAGCGAUAUCACCACUACUUCUCUAAAAACAUGUGAAAAAUCUGAAAUUCAAAUCGAAAAAACAUCCAAUCAUUUAAGAAUUGAUGAUAUUCAGGUUGAGCUUCAUCACCAUGCUAAUUUAUUACUUGUACCAAAACCAUAUUUUAUAGAAAACCAAAGUCAUGCGGCAGUUAUGAAAGCCAUGUUAAAAGACCACCUAUUAAUGGAUCACACUCUGCUCAUUGGUUAUCAAGGUGUUGGAAAAAACAAAAUUACGGAUCAAUUUAUAAAUCUAAUGCAAAGCGAACGAGAAUACAUGCAGCUGCAUCGUGACAUUACCAUAGCAUCUCUUACUGUGGUUCCAUCUGUGGUUGAUGGUGUGUUAAAAUAUAUUGAUUCUCCGCUCGUCAGAGCUGUGAAAUAUGGCAGAAUUUUAGUAUUGGAUGAAAUUGAUAAAUGUAACAUUGAAACUGUGUCAAUUUUGAAAUCACUCAUUGAAGAUGGAAAUAUGGUGUUGGGAGACGGCAGAAGAAUUGUCACCAUGCAAGAGUACGAAAAAAGAAAGUAUUUGAAAGAUGCCAAUUUAGAUCGCCUUCUUCCAAUUGUGAAAGGUUUUAGAAUUAUUGCCUUAGCAAAUCCUCCAAAUUUUCCUUUCCAUGGAAAUGAAUUUUAUUCUUCGAGUGGAGAUAUUUUUUCAACUCAUUUUGUCAGCAAUGUGGACGUUGAUAGUGAAAUCAAGCUCUUGCAAAGCUAUGCUCCAACUGUACCAGAAUUAAUCAUUAGAAAAUUGAGUGCUGUAUUUAAUGAUUUACGAGUGGCAGUUGAAGACGGAAUUAUUCAAUAUCCUUAUUCAACGAGAGAAUUGGUACACAUUGUGAAACAUUUGCAGGCUUUCCCAUCUGAAACUACUCUUCAGGAUGCCAUUGCCAACGUUUUUGAUUUUGAUUCAUUUGAUCGAGAGACACUCGAAUUUAUCAGUAAGAUUUUCCAAAAACAUGAAAUUCCAGUUUCAUUCAAAAAUUCAGAACAGUUUUCGAUACGGAUCGCCCAAGAAAUACCACUUAUCAAAAGCAAUGAAGGAAAGAAUAUGUGUGUACUUUUGAACAAUGCUGAUCUAACAAAUGCUUGUGAAAUUCAACAGGUAUCCUUUUUCAUUAAUAAUUACAGAAGUCCUCAAAUGUACUAUGCAGCCUAUGAAGAACCUGAUUCAGGAGCUUUUGCAACCAAAAAUCCUUCCAACAAGUACACAAAUUUAAUGGAAUUUAGUGAACUUCGAUAUGUCAUUAAUUUACCUUGCAACAAGGCAAAAUAUAUUGUCUCGUUGGAAGAUUCUGUUCAUGUGCUGUCAGUAUCGAAUCCUUUUGGAUUGAUUCAUUUUGAAAGUAAUCAAUGUGACUCUUUCACGAUCACAGAACUCUAUCCACUACAUUCUCGACUUGGAACUAAUUCUCAGUUCUUUUCCUUGAAGAAACUCAACACCAUUGCCUUAAUGUCUGCCAAAACUCAACGACCAGAAAGAUUUUCACCUCUUUCUUCAAUCAUGAUGGAAGCUACGGACAGUACCACCAUGAUGGACGUAGAGUUAUAUGCCUUUUUAUAUUGUCCUAAAGGAAACAAAAAAUUUGAUGUGGAAAUUUCAUAUCAAGAGAAGAUUUACAAAUCAACGGCCAAGAGGACAAGAGAAAUUCCAUUCCAAAUAUUGACAAAAUUUGCAAAUUCUCAUUCCAUGUGUUUGGUGUUCCAAGAAGGAUCCUUCACCAUUGCAGUGUUGAAUUUUUCGACUUGGGAUUCUUCAAAAUCUGUUCGAAAAGGAACUCUGCCUCACACUGCACAUGUGUUACAUUUUCCAUUUCCUAUUCGUACAAUCCAUUGGAUUUCACCAAAUUCAUUCCUUGUAUUGGAACAUGAUGAAGUAGCACCAAACUGGAAACUUGUUGAACUUGUUAUGAAUGGAAACGAAUUAAGAACUUGUAUUAAGCUCGUGAACGAGCUUUCAAAUGUGACUCUCAAGAACUUUGAUCUAUUCACAUGCAUUGGAAAUGAAAAUAAUUUUUUCGCUCGACCCAACAGCCAGUUGCUUUCUGAAAGCAUUCUGAUUAGACACUUGAUGAAAAACGAUGAGUAUCUCACCAUUCAAGCUGAUUUAUCUUUGAAGAAAGGAAAUCCCAAUAUUUCAAACGUGGACAUGACCUUCCUCAACAAGACAAACCAAUUACUCAUGAUUCAUCACCGAGAUGCAUCCACCACUGUUGGUGCCACAAUGGAAGUUUUGAAUUUUCAACGAAACACUUACCGCAAAAUUACACCUCCAGAAAGAAUGCUCAAAUCCAUCUCCAAUUCGAACACUCCUUUGAUGCAAAAUUCAUUUGUAGAGCUCAGUAAUGGAUAUGUGGCACUCCUCCACGCUGAAAAUCAACUGCUUCUUUUCAACCUCAAUAUUGACAAAUUGUCAGAGGAAGCUCUCAGCUGGCAACAAUUUAAUACAUCCAAAACAUCUACAAAAGAAUCACUUGAAAUUGAAUACAUUGAUCAAAGUAAUAGGGAAGCUACUUUUCCAAAGCAUGGAAAAGAAGAUGAUUUACCGCAUGUAGGAGGUAACACAUUUGCUGGAGGUUCUGGUGGCAGUGAUACUGCUGGUCUAGGUGGAUUUGGUGGUCCCUAUCGAUUAGCAAAGAAGGGAAAUCCUGUCCUACAAGUUUCAGAUGAAGUGAAAAAAAAAGUGAGUAAGGAAAUAUUGGAACGAGCUCGAAAAAUGGCUGAAGAAGCUUAUCAAAAAAGACUUCAAGAAAUUGACAUGUCUAAGGAUGAAAUGAAUCUCUACGCCCAAUACAAGAAUAAUGUCACGCAACAAAUUGAUCAAUUAAGAAAAACAUUAAGUUCACUAAAAUGGAAGGAUGAAGAAGAAGAACGUGUUUGGGUUAAAAAUCAAACAAGUGGAGAAAUUGAUGAUAAUAAGAUUGUUGAAGGUAUAGUUGGAGAGAAGAAUAUUUACAAAAAGAGAGCUACCGAAGAUGAAAAACACAAAUCCAAACACCUUCCUAAAAAGAAAAAAAUUCAUUUUGUCAUGGAUGUGUCUGCCAGCAUGUACAGAUUUAAUGGACAAGAUGAACGAUUGGACAAACUUCUCGAAAUUGCAGUCAUCAUUAUGGAGAGCUUUAAAGGAUUUGAGGAUCGAUAUGAAUACAAAAUUACUGGUCACUCUGGUCAAACAAGUUGUCUCGAAUUGGUUCACAGAGGAAAACCCCCACAAGAUGAAAAAGAACGUCUCAAAAUUCUCUUGAAAAUGCAUGCUCAUUCUCAAUACUGUUGGAGUGGAGAUUCCACAUUAAGGGCCAUGAAAGAAGCAUCCAAACAAAAAGAUUUUGAUUUUGUGGUUGUUUUUUCAGAUGCCAAUUUAUCUCGUUAUGGAAUUGAACCUCAAGAUUUAGCACAAGCUCUCAAAAAGAAUGUAUAUAUUGUGUUCAUUGCAUCCAUGUUUAAUGAGGCACAACAAUUAACACAAGCACUUCCCUCUUCGAAUGGAUUUGUGUGUCUGGAUACUCGAGAAUUGUCCACCACGUUCAAAAAGAUACUCUCUCAAAACAUUUUAAAGUAA